GAAAAGGGGGGAUGACAGCUGAGAGGCUUAAAGGUUGAAAGCGAUAAGAGAAGGACUGAAAGGACGGACGCAGCAGAGAAAGCGCUUUGCCUCAACCAUGGAUUUAUCUGCUCUGCUCCUGUUCUCUGUAAUAUGUGCAGUGUCUGCCCAGGCUCCCGUCGUCUUUGUGGAGCCCAAAGCUGCCACUGUGAGACAAGGAGAGACCGUCAGCUUCAGGUGCCAGGUGAGAAGCAGCGUGCAGCCCGUCAACCUGGAGUGGACCAGAGCCAACAACCAAGCACUGGCAGAUAACAUCAAGGUUGGUCCUGAAGGCUCUGUUCUCACGGUCUCCAAUGCCCGACCCCUGAACCAGGGCCAGUACCGCUGUGUGGCAGUCAGCUCUGCGGGUCGCGGCGCCGCCUCUGCAGUGCUGAAUGUCAAACAUCCCCCGAAGCUUCGCCUGACACCAGCGGGGCCGUUACUGGUGAGGGUAGGUGACGCCGUGUCGGUGCAAUGCCGAGCGACGGGCAGGCCGCGUCCCAAACUGACCUGGAGACGGCAGGGCUCAACCCUACAGCUGUUCACCACGGACACCGACGAUGUCAACACCAUUCAGUGGCCAGCAAUCCGUUCCGAGGAUCUGGGGGUGUACGUCUGCCAGGCUGAGAACAGCGAGGGGGUGUCGGAGGCAAAGAUCGAGGUCAUUGUUGAGGAAGAGCCUGGAGCACCGGUGGCCUCAGUGACCCCCGAAGAAAUAACCGCCGUUGAAGGACAGACUGUGUCCAUGGAGUGUCGGGCGAGAGGUUCUCCUCCUCCUCUCAUCACGUGGUCGAAGCUCCGAGCUCCUCUUCCAUGGAAAAGCAAAGACGAGAACGGCGUUCUGACCCUGGAAAGCGUGGGGCGCCAGGACUCAGGACAAUACAUCUGCAAUGCCACCAACGUGCACGGCUACAGCGAGGCGUACGCUCAGAUGGAGGUGGAAACCCCCCCCUACGCCACCUGCCUGCCCGACCAGGUGAAGCUGCAGGCCGGAGACCCCCUGCACCUGCAGUGCCUUGCUCACGGCUCCCAUCCCAUCCAGUUCACCUGGAGUCGAGUGGGCAGGGCGGGCUUACCGGCCGCGGCACAGACCACCAAAGACGGAAAGCUGCUGAUACCCAACGUCAAACCGGGCCUUAGUGGGACGUACAAAUGCGUGGCCUCCAAUCACAUCGGUUCAAGUGAGGCGCUGGCAAAUGUCCAUGUGAAAGCUUGAUCCAGCUCAAACUCAAUGACGUACUGUCACUACAGUGAAAAAAUCAGAACUAUAUGAAUACAAUUUAUGGAUAAGGAAUCACAUCGCAAUGAUGCUUAAACCUUUAGUAUAAUUGUUUACAUUGUUAGUUACUUUUUGCUUUUUGUCCUUUGACCUUAAUCCAUUCACUGCUUUGUUGUUCAAUUUAAAAAUAAAGUCGACAACCAAACUAGAUUCCCAUCAGAAAAAGUCAAAA